ACGUCAGGGCAGGCUGCGCACGUUUGCAUCGGGCGCACGCAGGGUGGAAGUGAAGUGGUACAGUAGUCUUCAGGCAAGCCAGACAGGGCUGUCGGUUUACUAGCUUUUUUUCCCCCCCUAGACCCUUACAGGGUUCAGGAGAAACCUGACACAUUGCGCACAUUUGACUCUGAAGUGAACCUAGUAAUACUUACAUGUCAUAAAGUAGCUGCCAACUUGCAAAACCUAGCGGGUAAGCGUUGUUGGUGAUAAUGAACUGUUGUGCAUUGUCGGACAAUCAGCUACUCCGGCUAAUGCUCCUUUAGCGAUCUUGCUGUCACUGACAUGACUCCGUGUGCCGGCGACAUGCGAUGUAUGCACUUUUUAUCAGCAGGACUUUUAAUGGCUACACAAUUUUCAGUAUGGACAGCGAACGCAGCAACUGCAGGCCCCAGACUGGAGACAAUAGCAAGCUAACCUAGCUAGCAAACUGUCGUGGCUGCUAAGCUUUGCUAAAAAGCGGUCCUGCCUGGUGCGUGUCUGGAGCCGCACUGAAAACGUCGAGGUGUCUGCACCAUGGAACAGGAGGAUAUAACAGACCAAAUCACAGCAGCUUGUAGCCAACCUUUGUUCCACACCCAAGACUUGACUGUGACUGACCAAGACUCAGCAGCCCAGCAGCUCAGCUCAGACAUCAUGUCCUCACAAUCCAAAUGGGAGAGCAGCAGCACUGAAGACACCGACCUGGUUGUACCCAAGGAUGGGCUCAGUAACGGCACCUGUGAAGUUGAGACUGCAGUAGCGUCUCACUGUCCUGGCGACAGUGGAGAUGUUACUGCUGAGGGUGACCAAGUUGCACUUAGAAAUGAUGGCAUGUCAGAGUUUUCCAACAGUGACCUCUCGCUGCCUGAGGUCUGCAUUUCCACUAACAGCAAUAGCUUUGAGGAGGAUAUGAACUAUGAGGUCCAGCAAGCUUAUAGGAUAUUCACUGGCUUUCUCUUAGACAAGCACAAAGGGAUCACCAGCCCGUUCCUCCAUCCCAUCGGCCACCAGGAGGCCCAGCAUGGUAUUGGUGGGGUACGGGGCUGGGGUCAGGCACAGCUCAGGCAGUCGAUCUGCUUGCGGAGGAUGGAGGAGAAGUUUAUCAAUCAAGAGUAUGAGACCAUAACAGAGUUUGUUGCAGACUUCAGGCUAAUGUUGGAGAACUGUUAUCGUUACCAUGGGGUGGACCACUGGAUCUCCAAACAGGCUCAAAAGUUGGAAAUCAUGCUGGAGCAAAAGCUUACAUUGCUAUCCAGGACACUGCGAGAGAAGACGACCUUGGCAGUGACUUCUAAGGGACGUUUUGGUGCAGAGGAGGAACGGGGUUCAGGUGGCACCUCAACAAGGCGGAGACUUGCACCUCGCAGCUUGGCUACCAUCACUGUCGGGGGGCAUGAGUCUAUCAUGGUCCAGGCUCUACGGCUGGAAGAGCAGCAGAGGGCCAAGGACGAGAAGAGGCAACGUGAGCUUGAAAAGAAGGAAGCAGAGGAAAUGUCAGCCAAAGAGGUUGAAGAGUGGGAGCAGACUUUGUUGUCACAAGCUUCCCCCCAAACUAUAGACACACUUUGGGAACUCCCUGCUAUAGGGCACUUCCUCUGCCUGGCACAGACUGCCCUUAACCUCCCAGAGAUUGUAUUCUUUGAACUGGAGCGUUGUUUGCUGAUGCCCCGCUGCAGCCAUCUCCUGUCCAAAAUAAUGUCUUCCCUACUGUCCCCACCCCAGCGGAGGGCCACUCUGCACCGCCGGCCUGCCCUGCCUUACCGCCGCUGGGAGUCUGAACUCAGGCAGCGGGUCUUGGGGUGGUAUCGGGCUGUUGGUGCCUCGCAUGAUCAGCCAGGUAAGGCUGAGCAACUGGGACUUUGCCUCCAGUUUUUCAUCAUCCUUGGGGAAGUGAGUCCUUUGGAGGAGAAACCCUUCCACAUGCUGCCCUUCUACCAGCGAGUAUGGCUUCUGAAGGGGCUGUGUGAUAAUGUGUAUGAGACACAGAAAUAUGUGCAAGAUGCAUUGCUGUCCCAGCCCAUCCAUGAAUGUAGGGAAUCUAUUUUGGGCUAUGACAGCAAGGAGAAUGCUUACAUACAUUUCCCACAUUUCUGUGGGGCAGACUUGAGGAUCUACUGCCAGAGCCCUAGCACACCCCCGGCUUUCCCUUUCCCAUCUGUAUGGGUCAAAAGGGUUGAAAUGGAGCCAGGAACAGAGGGUGAAGAGUCAGAUGGAAUGAAAGAAGAGGGGGUUAAAAGUGAGAGGGGGUGUUGUUUAGGCUCCGUGGACACGGAAGAGUCUGAUGAUUUUGGAAAUGGGAGAGCAGAGACCCUUGGGGUUUUCAAAGGGGAAAAUGGGGAUGGUGAGGAAGAUGAAAAAAGGUUUAAAUCGUGGUCACUGAAGGAGGAGGAGGAGGGGUCUGAAUCAGGGUCGUCUGAUGGAGACUACUGUGAUGACUCUAAAUUGAACUUAAAAAUACACACUAACUCCUCAUCCCUUUCACACACUAGUCAUAUCGGUGGAGGUGGUGUGGAAAUUAAUUUGAAGGAAGAGACUGUAGAGUUUAAGCAUCAAUCCAAGCGACUCACAUUAAAGCAGGAACAAGGCAUCUCACUGGGCUCAAUGCGCACCAUUACAGCAGAGACAGAGGAGCCUUGUCUGAGUGUAGGGGAGCACAGCUACACAGGCCGGUCACCUGCUCGCUUAGUGAGUCAGGCCUCCCCAACCAAAUCAGUGGGGCUCAAAAUGGAGGGAGGAAGUCUCAGCCAGGGACACCAAAGAUCUUCCUGUUUGGAAUGUUGUAAAAGCAAAACUAGUAAUAUUAAAUCUGAGGAGCACAACUGCUGCUGUGGCACUUCAGGGCUAGCAACACAGUUGUCUUCUGACAGUGCUCUAAACUCAAGUGAAGAGAGGGUGAAUGACAAAAUUUGGACAAAAAAAAAAAGAAGGAAGAAAAAGCGAGCGAGGGAACAGCUGCCGAGGGUGAAAGGAGAGCUCAAGCAGCUGCAGCACAUGGACAGGAUGAGGCUGUCCCCAGCUGAGGCUGCCAUAUCUGCCGUGCGGGGAGUUUCCACAACGAUCAAAAGAAAAGAGAAGAAGAAGAAACAUAGAACAGGAAAAAAACUUGAAUCAUCAAAGAAAAUUAAAGAUGAAUCUCCAGUUGAGCCAUCGUUUAAGUUGGUAUGCACCAGUCUUGAGGAGUUGCGAGAUCUGAUCAGUAAGACAGAAGAUGAGCUUGAUGACCUGGAGAGCACCAAAAAGAGAUUGGGUCGAUGGUAUUAUAGGAGAGAAGCAGUAAAAGACCUCCACAGCACUCUAAUUAGACUACUGAAUGAGCUUUCACCCUGGGAACCCAAACUUGUGAAGGCCUUUCAAAGGAACAGGCUUCGUUUGAAAAAGGAAUUUGAUGACUUCAAGAAGCACCCAGAGUACAAUAACUUUGUGCGCGAGGAGUGCAUUUCAUCAUCAUCAUCAGAUGAUGAUGAAGAGAGGGGUUUGGGAAAGGAGAUGUGUUCACUCUCGGAUCAUUAUAGAAGAUCAGAAGAGGACCUGGAACAUAUGGUUCCCAGAGGUCUUUGGAGUGGAGCAAGUACCAGGGAGUUUGUGGCUGAGUCCGCUGGAGAAAGAAUGACGACAUACAUACCUCCCAACCACCUAAAACACCCUCUGAUCAGUACAGAGAAAGACGUCACUCUGCUGCCAAGCGUUCAGACUGGCUGCAGUAACAUUACUUCUUGCACUGACUCUGGGCCACAGUCUAGAUUUGAACUGAUCCCAUCAAAUCAAUCCAGGGAUUCAAACUCAGCAUGGCCAGCAAGGGUGCCAGCCCAGGCUUCACUGUCACCCAGACCCCCCAUCCUCCAUCCCACCACUGGACUACCUAAGGGCUACACGCCCAUCCCCACCCUGCUGGCUAAGAGUGUGGGAAACAAAGUGACCUUAAUGAAACGGCCCGCUGAUUACCCAGGGUUAAACAAUGUAGAUAGACUGGACAAAGGGUCUUUGGUCUCCCUGCCUAGCUCUGCAGUGACUACCACAAAACUUUCAAAAGCACAAAUUUCUCCCUCCGCUUCCCAUAACUUACAACAAAUGCAAACACAAGGACUACAGACGGAAAUAUUAAGACAGCAAGGAAUGGACACAGUGAUGGCAGCUCCUCCUAAAUCACAACAGCCCAAACCCACCCAGACUGUACCAAAAAAUCCGGUCCAAGUGGUGUACAAGGUAUCUGAGGGGCUGGGGCACCUUGUAAGAAAAGACAGCGGCAGCCCAGUCAAGAUUUCUGUUCAUCCUGUCAUGGACCAGAACACUGGGGAGAAGAUCAUGCAGCAAGUGGUGAUUCUGCCUUCUAACCUUCUCAUUCACAAAACUGAAGAAAAGGCAUCUUCUUCACAUCAACAGCAGUCUAAGGGCAUUCAGGUCCCAGUUUCUAAAGUGUCCAGCCCCUUAUGUAUGUCCACCAAUGUGCCUGGGUUCACCAUUCCUGAAAACAAAAUCCCUGUUCAGCAAGUGGCUCCACUAAAAGAUGCCAGGACAGUGAGGACCCCUUCUCCUUCUGUUUCCCCUUGUCUGCAACAGGGGGCCAUAAACACAGCAGGGUUCAAGGGGGCACAAGUCUGUAGUCCCCAAGCUAGCACAACACAAGGUAUCACUCCAAACCCCUCGCCCAUCACAGCUCCUUCGAGUGCAGUUUUGACUGAGCCUAUUAAAUCCACAGACCCCAAACAGGAGCUUAAGACUGUGUGUAUCCGAGACUCCCAGUCCAUCCUGGUAACGACUCGAGGAGGCAACACAGGCAUUGUCAAAGUCCAGACAUCCUCGGACCAGAAUGUGCUUGGUUCAUUGCCCACCAGUCCAGUCAUCACCAUCUCACCUCAGUUUAAAGCCUUCCUCGUAUCCAAGACAUCACCAACCCUUUCUUCUUCUGCUCCCUCUUACACACCCCCUUGCACCAUACCAGCAUUAACAAGUAUAUCAAUGGCCCAACCUCAGAAGCAGGUCUCUUCAGUUUUAAAGUCCCCUUCUGCUGUCACAACUCCCAUGCUCACUGCAGUCACUGGUGGCCAUCCUGUUACAGGCCUUGGAAGCCAGACUUCAAGCACUACUGUUGCUUUCGGUCAAUUCUCAAACACCUCAGUUGGUUCUACAGUUGCAACAAAGAUUUGCCAGGUAGCACAGACAGCUUCUGCUGGUUCUAAUUUUCAAACUUCAUUAGUAAAAAACACUGUUGUUGUCCCAUCACUGAGUAGUUCUGGUAUUCCCCAAGUUCUCACACAAGCAGAGUUCAUCAGCAAGACUGGUGUGAAACGGGCCAGUACAGAUGAGAGGUCCCAAGUUACUAAAUUCAUCCUGGUUACUCCAUCUUCUUCCUCAUCAAAUGUAGCUUUAUCAAAUCCCUCUUCCACAAAAUCACUUCCAAGUUCAAGAGUCAUGUUCAUCAGCCAGCCCACAGCGACAGCAUCCACCACCUCUGUGGCAAGCAUUCCAAAGCCGAUGAUAGCAACAGGGGCUAGUGGACAGCUGCUGACCACUUCGUUAUCAAGUCAGACUCUAAAGAUGGGAUUAAGCCCAGGCCAACCUGUUUGCGGUGUCAACUCAGAAACAUUUUCCAAGGUCAAGAACAUUACUCUGCCGUCAGGGGUUCAAAUCCACUUGUCAGGGAAGACGACAACCAUUGGACAGACCAUUGGUGCCCUGUCACGUUCUCCUUCCAAGAGCACACCAGUAUCUGUCUCGGACACAGGCCGUCCAAUCGCCACCACCACUGGACUGGUCCCGGUUUCUAAUUCAAAUACCAUCUCAAGCGGUUCUGCCCAGCUUGCCUCACAUGCUUCUCUGACCACCACUUCUCAUCUCCAAGGUAUCCCUUCCUUCCCCCAGAGCUCCCAAACAUCAACGUCUACUGUUGCCAGUCUGACUGCGGGGAACAUGAUCAAGAAGGACCUUGGUAUUCCCCCAAAUACACUGUCCAGCCACUCUCCUGCUCAGUUGGCCACUACUGUGCAGAAUAGCCCAGGACAAACCUCCACACCCACUCUUGUCCGUCAGUCUUCAAAUAUCCAAAGUGGCAUUGGUGAGGAAACCACUUCCUACUUAUCUUCCUCUCAGCAUGCUUUCAAUAAAACCCAAACACCCAUCUCCUCUGCAACAACCACCAAUACCCAGUUCACCACCUCUGCUGUCUGCCAGCAGAGGAUAGUCAUCAACACCUCUACUCCCCUUGCUGCUGGCACACAGAUCCUCCUUAACAAUGCACGUUUUGUAGUCCCUCCCCAGGGUUUGGGUCCAGGCAGCCACGUCCUUAUCAUCUCUAGCCCUGUACCACAACAAGUGCCUACUGCCAGGGCUACCAGCGCUGGAGCAUCAGUACCUCCCCAAAGGGCAAGCCAUGGCACUGUAGCCCAUCAACCACCAGUUUUACCCCAGUCCCCAGUCAGGCUUCCUGGUGUGCCAGCCGUAAGUUGUCCUUUUGUAGCAUGCACACCUGCUGUUGGUCCAUCAUUGCUAGCAACCACUCCCAAUGUCACGCCAGUCAGACUAACAGGAACACCUGGCCUGGCCUCAACGUUUUUACCCAGUAAAACAAAUGUAGUGUCUGCUCUGCCUAGGUGGCCAGCUUCGCAGGCCAAUAAUUUUGCAUCACCUCCUGUAGGUACACCCACUGUGGUCUCAUCCCUGCCAAGGGUAGGCAGUGUACCAGCCCUAGUUUCCCCAGUGGUAACCAGUGCCCCUGCCCUCGGCUCAGCACUGGCUACACUCAGGUUAGCUGCUGGUACACCCACACAGGCUGAAUGUUCAUCAACCAUUUUGCCUGCAGUAGCACCCCCCUUGUCUGUAAUGUCAGCACCUCUAUCAUCGUUGCCUGUUUUUCCCAGCCCUUCAGUUGCCUCACCCCUCUCCUCAGCUGUAGCUCCUGUGGUAGCAGGCACACCAGUUUUGCAUUCUUCUCUUGCUGCCAACAAGAUGGUUUCAGUGACAACCCCGGGCCCAGUCAUACAGCCCCAGCAGACAGCAGUUGGAAUUGCAGCAUCCUCGACUGCUCUAUCGCAGGCUUUAGUGCAUAUUGGACUAGACAACACAUCAAUUAAAAAAACGGUGCCUGCAGUCAUGCAACCAGUGCUUGCUGGCACACGGACACAAGUAUUGCCAACAGUGUCUGUACCACCAAUUGUGAGUGCUGCAUCUAGGAUGCAGACACUGCCCAUUGCAACGGUUACACCAAUCGGAAGCACUGUCAACACUUUUGAAACAGCACCUGUGGUGACCAUACCUUCAUCUAGCAGCACUGUAUUAAUAAGUCCAGCUCAACCAAUCACAUCACUGAAGACAAGCAACACCACCCACCCAUCUGUCCUUCUGACCAAUCAAGCACUUGGAAAGCACUCUCUGCAGACCUCAUCCUUGGGUAUACACACCAGUGUAGCAUCCAAGCUACUUAUUAGUCCUGAUGGCGCUGUUUUGAACACAGUUCAGUGCCAGGUCAAUCCAGCAGAGCUGACUGCCUGCCCAAAGCCACUGGAUGCACUGGUGGUUUCCCCCAACAGUUCCACUGGAGCACUACACACACAUGAUUCCUCGUCACAGCUGCCACAGGCAGACAGAAGUGCACCAAUUGACUGAGACUGUGCCAGCUCUGUGAGGACUCUCAAACUAUUUUCAUCUGGUUAGUUUUGGCAGGGCUCAUAUCCAUUGCUUGUAGUAAUCCUGGGGUUAGUUAAAGAACUGCUUUCCAGCUGUAGUUUGACUUGUAACUUACAUUUAGGAUACAGUAGGUUAUACCCUCUGGUUAGACCAUCUUAUAGGAAGACUGUAUUCCCAAUCAGACAUACUGGAAAUGUAUACUGUGAUGGGUUGAAAACUGUAGAGGUUGUCCUCAGAUGAAUGUUAUUUCCUUUUUUUGUACUUAAUGGCCAGUAAUGACAACUGUUAAAAUAAAUCAGUUGACCGGGAGGGUAGAUAAAAUGAAUUUCAACUCAAGCUUUUGUAAUACUUUUCAAUGCCAUUAGAUACUGCUUCAAGAAGUAAUAAUUGGGAUACUAUUCAUUGGUACAAGUUGCUCUACUUUAUUUGUCAGUUUAAACAAUACAACUGUAUGCAGAUUCUGUCAUCCUUUUUUCAACUAGUAAACUACAUUUUACUUUUUAGAAAUAUAAAUAAAACUAAUAGAUGAAUUUGUACUACAUGUUUGAGCCCAUAUAAAAUGUUUUGAAGUCACAUUUAUUUAUUUUUACCAUAUAGAUUUUUCAAAAAUAUUUACUAGGUACAUUUUCAUUGAACAAAUGUGGACAUUACUGCAUGGAAAUAAACAAUGCGACUGUCCCCAACAA